CAAAUUUUGUAAAAGAGUUCGGUCUUCCGUAGAGAAGUUUCGUCUUUUCCUUACCAGGUGUAGCACUAAAACAAACGAAAACUUCAUCGGAACUGCCAAAAAUAUGUUAGGAAGGUUAGUAGUUUGCUUGUUAAUGUUGUUUCUUUGAUUACAGAGAGGGGUUUGAUCUUGUCUUGUUCGUUCUGUAAUGGCGACGUCCAUUACAAAUUUGGUCCUGUUUAGACGUAGUUUUCUCGCUUUAUGCUCAUCGAAAGGUGAGCUCUGAAGUGUUAUGUUCUGAAGAUUCUGAACGGUUUAGUUAAUUUUCCACAGGCCAGAAUUUGAGUUUGCUCUGGGUAUGCCGCCAUUGGGGUAAGAAUGUGAAUAGUGGACGGGAUUGUAAGAGUCUUAACACAUCCCAAAGGAGGGCAGAUCAUUGUUGGUGCCAACGACCUGCAGAAAUGGGAAUCCAAGGCCUUCUUCCAUUACUAAAGCCUAUCCAAAAGCCCGUCUCCAUCGCUGAGCAUUUCGCAGGUCAAGUCAUUGGGAUAGAUGCCUACUGCUGGCUGCACAAGGGGGCUUAUGGCUGCGCUAUGGAAUUGGUUGAAGGAAAGAAAAGCUCCGUGUAUGUAUGCACUUUUAAAUGAUGAGCGGAGAAUACCUGGAAGCUCGAUGUUAUCGCAUUAUGCAUGAAAAUAUUUAAGUUUCUGCUCAGUCAGUCAUAUAUUACUCAGGUAAAUAUAUUUUGUUUCAGGUAUGUUAAUUACGUUUUGAAGCGUGUUGACAUGCUGCUACAUUUCAAUGUCAAACCAAUUCUGGUUUUUGAUGGAUCAUACCUUCCCUCCAAAGCUGGACAGGAGGAACGACGAAGGAAGUAAGUGUCUAUUUAAAAGAAUUUUAAGACGGAAAAGUUUGCUUGGGAGGUCAGACAGGAUUCAGAGGAGGUAGUUGUAAAUAUGAACUAAUCUGCUUGAAAUAGGGACUGUUAAAAGAGCUAUUGAAUGUAUUUCCAAUUCUUGUCAAAUGUAGGACAAGACAAGAAAACAAGGCAAAAGGACUAGCUUUUCUACGUGCUGGAAACAGGCAGCAGGCUCUAGAGUGCUUUCAGAAGUGUGUGGAUAUUACUCCAGAUAUGGCCCUUGAAGUCAUAAAGGUUUGUAUUUGAUGUGAAAUGCUAGAGACUAUUGUGAUGAUUUCCUGUUUUGUGAAUUUUCCUUCUUCAAAUAAUACUGUUACUUCCAAAUGUUGGAUUUUCAAGUUGAAAAAAUUAUUGACAAGUUCUUUGUUGCUCAUGGGUGGAGAAUCAGUGUGUGUGACAUGUGUGGGGACCUUCAAUAACAAGCAAAUAAUAUCUUUCCAUAUAUUUUUUUUUCUAUACAUCUGUAAUGUGGUUCUUAUUUUUUGUGCAGCAAACAUUUGUAAUAUAUUAAAAAUGCUUUAUAAUAUAUCCAAAGUCAGGAUAAAAGUAAUUUUAUCCCCUAUUUUCUGGUAGUCUGAUUGUACAGGUGAGAUCAUAAUUGUCCUUGUCAGAAUGGAAAAAUUAGCUGUUCCAUCUGGACUGCCCAAGUUUCCUGCCCUGACCUCAUAGUUCACCCAGAUGCACUUUCUAAUGCAGCAAAUGAAACUUACUAUACAGGAAUGUCGUAAGAAGGGCGUGGACUGUAUUGUGGCACCUUAUGAGGCAGAUGCUCAAUUAGCAUAUCUGAUGAAAUCAGGUCUAGCUCAGGCUAUUAUAUCUGAAGAUUCUGAUUUACUUGUCUAUGGAUGCCAGAAGGUAAGGGUGUUAGUUUAAAUGAGUAAUGACAGUAAAUGCCAUGGCUUAAGUUUGAUAUGUGUCAAUGCGAGGGCCAACAGUUCAAGGCUUACUACUAAGCCUGUGAGCUCUACUUCUGCCAUUUUCUUAGGUCCAGUCUCUGAUCCCAAAUUACUGAUCAUGAACUUCUUUAAGGUAGAUGAACCCCUUUUUUGUUCAUACAUAAAAGACAGCCAUUUUGAAAUUUACAAAGUCUAUGUGCCAGUCCUAUCUUUGAGAAGUGCAGGCUGGUACCAAACCUAGUAAACCUGCUGUGUGAGAUGAAAAACAAAAACAGAAGCAAAAACAAACAAACAAACUUCUUUGAACCACUUUACUUCAUAUUCCCGCUGACUUUCAGGUCAUCUUUAAGAUGGAUGUUAAUGGUCAUGGCUUAGCAGUGGAUCUGGCUGAUCUUUCCAAACUAACAAAGCUCAAACUACAUGAAUUCACCCAAGAGAAGUUCAGACACAUGUGCAUUCUGUCAGGCUGUGAUUAUCUGCCGUCUGUCAAGGGCAUUGGUCUACAGACAGCAAUUAAACUGCUGCGCAAAUCAGCCAAUGUUGAAAAGGUUAGUUUUUAUCACAAAGUUAAUCAGUUUCUAAAUAUCUCCUUGAUGAACCAUAUUUAAUUGAUUAAGUGCCCUGUACUCUUAUGAUUUUAAAGUAAUGGACCUUAAAGCGAGUGCUUAUUUAAAGUGUGGUGCUUAUUCAAGGCUAGACACUUUCAGAAAUUUUCACUAUUUUCAGCAUUGUGUUGCAACAAAAGGAUAAAUGACACAUCACAAGAAGAAGAUGUACCAUUGAGAGUGAAUUUAGAGCCAGUAAAAAAAUGAUAGUCAGUACUCCUUUUGUGAACUACAAUUUUUUUUCUGUGGGGAGGGGGGUGGGCACUUAUUUGAGGCAGGGUGUUUAUUAACUUUUUCUACCUGCAAGAUGGGUGCCUAUUCCAGUUAAAGCUCUUAAUAGAAGGAAUAUGGUAAUUUCCUCUGAAGCUGAUUUCUUCCUUAACAAUAAAUGAAUAACUUUCUGUUAGCUGAUCAGAUCUCUCAGAACUGAAACAAAGAUGCAUGUCCCUGAUGAUUAUGAGAAGAGCUUCAAGCAGGCAGAAGAGACAUUUUUGUACCAGCUUGUUUUUGAUCCUGUUUCUCUGAAUCUGGUUCCUUUGAGUGACCUGCCAGACGGAUUGAAACCUGGUGACCUGGGCUUUGCUGGUCCGUAUCCUUGACAAACUGCUGAAAUAUAUGCAAUGCUGACCAAGUUUAAGGUCAAGUUAGCAUGAAACUAGCCAUUUUUCCAGUUGUAUUUUUCUUCUCUUUUCUUUUCUAUUUAUUUUUCUUGUCCUUUUUUGCCCAAGACUAAGUUGAGAUCAAUCAACUUUUUUUCUGUAAAAAGAACAAGGCCACAACUCAGCCCACUUGGCAAAACAGACUCCAUCAAUGGAGCAUGAAAAUAAAGGAAAUGAUCACCAGCAAAAAAGGCUCUUAAUUGCUAAACAAAUUCUACUUGUCAGCACCUAAGGAAAUAUAUGAAGAACAACAGUAUUGAGAAUAUGCACUACUUUUCCUGUGGACUUCAUCAUUUCCCUUGUGUUCUCUUGACCAAUUGUCAGAUUAAUGACAAGAGAAAAAGCCUUGGGUAUUGCACUUGGUAAUAUUAACCCCAUCACAGGUGAAAUGAUAGCAGAUUUUGACCCCAAAAAGAUCAAGGUACGUUACAGAACACGUUUUUGGGGUAUUUUACUUAAUGUCUUGUACUUUUGACCUACUAUGAAAAGGUUCUGUAGUCAUGCAGAUAUUUGAUACAAAGUUCAAAAGGUUAAGAUACUGUUUUGAUGAUCAUGAUGGCUGUGAGGACGAAAAAUAAUUUAAAAGAACUUUAAGAAUUUUCGCGUCAAGCAUAUGUGAUUACUUGUAACAACUCGGUGUAUAUAGUAUUUUUUAAUACCAAAAGUUUCUGUUUAAUUACUUGAGUGUUGUUAAGGGUAAUGCCAGUGAAAAGAAACGGCACUCUUGUAAUAACCAGUUAGUCACAAACACUGAGGUAAAUAGCUACUCGGAAAAGGAGACCAUCUGAAUGCUUCUACUUAACUUCCCGGGUGGAUACUUUUUCAACUGGUGUUUAUUAUCGUCUUGAAACAAUGCGAAACAUAAGCUGUUUCACCUUUAACUUUCUUAGAACUUUUUCCUUUUUCUUUUGCUUUGAAGAUUGAAUAACGUACUUUUGAUUCCGUCAAAAUAAACUUAGUAGCCAAUUUUUUUAACAACAGCUUAGUUCCUUUAAGGUAACAUUAGCAUAGCAAGAAGCUGUUUUGUAGCUCGAAACUGAAUAAUCCUCGGACAACCCACCGCUAGCUAAUAAGCGUAUGCCAAAACCGCCAUUGACCGAUGUGGUUUGCUAUCAUUAGGCUACAUGCUGGUACCAUUGUAAGUGCUAUUUCUGUUAACAUCCUCAGUUGUUUUUCCCCUAGAUUAUUGACCUGGGAUCUGGCAACAAAUUGGACGAAGACUCUCACUCAAGUGCUCUCACCCCAGUCUCUAUGUCCUCCUUUGGCCAUGCCGUCAUAAGUAAGAGAGGGAAGACUGAAUACGAUGUGCAAAAAAACCUUUCUGGGUUGAUGCUCAAUUCAACGUCAUCGGCGAAAACCAAGAAACCUUUCGUGCCGCCAGGACUUAAAAGGAAGAUUGAAGAAGAAAGUGUCGAUGACCACUCACUUCUCAAUAUGUACACUGUUUUGAAACCCAAGAAUGUCAUUCCUCGUGCUCAAGGAAAUUUCCAACGCACGAAACCUGGUGCUUUGUCAUGGAACGGGACGAAAAAGUCCAAGUUCAAAAACCCUUUUAAAAUCAGCGAUCAGCGGGUUGAGGCGCAAGAUGAAGUUAAAAUUAGCAGGUGUGCAUAUACACUGAUGAACUCUGUAGAAUGAUCAUGUCCACCGCUCUGUCACUGUUAGCUCGUAGUCUAUGUCACUGUUGCAAUACCUAUUUACUCCCUCUGAAUAAUUAAGAUUUACUGACGUAUACGUCUUUUUCUUGAGGUACUUCAAUAUCACUGGAAAUCAGCUGGAAUCACUGAAGUAUUCAUCAAACGCAACAGAGGACAGUCCAGCUGGUGGAACAAAUUUGGAUUCCGGAAACACUGAUGAGUUAUCCUUGACAGGUGAAUCACGGCCUGGAGGUGGUCUUACUGCCUUGAUACAGAACGUGGAUGAACACUUAUUUCCGUGUGAAGGAGAAAAUUCUGUGGUGACUAAUAAAAUGGAACAGAACAAGGAGAAUUAUUCAAAAAGGGACGACGAUUCUUCUAAACUGUGCAAAAUUGAUUACAAAACUGAAAGCAAGGAGGAAACUACUCUUCACAACAGCGACUAUUCGCAAACCCGUUCUCCUAAAAAGCUGUUAUGCCAGGGCGUGUUUACGAACCAGUCAUUAAAUAUAAGCUACGACCACAAAGAUGAAUCCGUAGAAACAAAAUUAAGUGAACGUUUUAGCUACAAACGAUUUCAAAGGCCAACAAAACUUAUUGAUAACACAUCAGAACCCUUAUCGAGGGAGGAAACUGUGUCUAAUGACAGUAGCUUUUCACGAUCAGUUGAGGUGAUACGUAUCGACAGUGGGUACAUGUCAGAUACAGAGAUGAGUACAGAUGGUGACACACCCACCUCUACUCAGUCAGUUAUCAGGGGCCAAACUACACCCUCCACGAGCAGAAAUUUUUCGCUUUUACAAGGCAGUGCUGUUGGAUCCAAGGUA